AUGCCGCCGCAGAUCACCACCUCAGACGCAACCAAGUCAACCCGCCACCACACCUGGAGCAACACCAGCGUCAAAAGCGGGAGCACAGGCGGCGGUGGUGGCCACCACCGUCACCACGAGCACCAAGACCAGAGACCGCAGCUGCAGCAGCGACACGGACAGCACCAGGACCAAGCUGCCAGAAAGGCCUCGGAGGUCGCGACGGUGCAGCGAUGGCUCAACGGGGGCAACAACCCCGGGCGAGAGGACGUACUGGACCGCGUGGCGCGAGCGUUUAAGCACGGCACGGACAAGGGCGAGGGGGAGGCGAAGACCAAGACCGAGACGAAGUUGUGA